GGCCAUAUGUUAUCCCGCCGGGCAGCGCUGGCAGUUAGUGCCCAGGUGAGGCAAAGCAGCAGGCGGGUGCCAGUGCCCCGCAUGGAGUGGUGAGGGAAGGUGCGUCUCGCGAGGGAAGUGAGAGCGUGAGGGAGGACAUGAGGGACCUCAUCAGCGUCCGGGCCCUGUCGGCCCUUCAGAAGAAGAAGCGCCUGGUCAAGCGAGGCGACGAAAUUCUGACGUCGAAGCCUUUCUGCUUCGUGCUCGAAAACUCCGUGAUCGGCCAGUACUGCGAGACGUGCCUGGCCACGGCGAGGAAGGAGCGGCUGCUGUCGCGGUGCAAGGGCUGCUGGCGCGCGUGGUACUGCAGCGACAUCUGCCGUGACCUCGGGGAGAGUCAGCACCGCCACGAGUGUCAGCUGUUCCGGGACAGGCCCGACUACAGGCCCAGGGACUUCGCCAGGUUCCUCGCCAGGCUCAUCCGGAAGCUCAAGGACGGGGGCGAGGACGUCGUCGAACGAAUUGAUGCUCGCAGAAGCCGGCGCUUCAGGGACCUGAUGAGCCACAGCAAGGAGAUCGAGAAGGACCAAAAGCGGCUUGAUUAUCUGGCGGAGAUGAUGCCGGACCUGCAGGUGCUCCUCGGGAAGUCCAAUAUCCCCGACCGCGAGGAACUCAUUCAGAUCUUCGGGAAGGUGCACAUCAGCUACCUGGACACCAUGAACUCGCGCGAGCACCGCCGGACCUUCCUGCAGGACAACUACUACUUCACCUGCGACUGCCGCCUCUGCCGGGACGAAAGGCACGCGCGCACCGCCUCCUCCAUCAAAUGCCGCUCGAGGGCCUGCGGCGCCCCCGUGCACGUGGACGAGAGCGGCACUGGGUGGGUGGAUCCCUGCGGUGCCUGCGGCUUCUGCAAGUUCCCGCGUGGCGUCGCCUACGAGUACAUCGAGGUCGCAGAUUACACGAGGGCGGAGCUGGCGGACCUCGACGAGGAUAAUCCCAGCCUGGAGGUGUGGCGUGACGUGGCGGAGGCGCAGGGGGCCCUCCUGCACCCGCUCAACCUGUGGCGCAGCAAGAGCCUGGAGGCGCUCGUCACCGCCUCCGUCAACAUGCGGCAAUGGAGCGCCGCGCUCGCCCCCGCGCGGGAGAACGAGGCGGCCAUCAGGCACUACUACGGGGCCAAGCAUCCCUACGUCGGCCUGUACCUCAUGAAGCUCGCCAAGAUCGAGCUCAACAACAUGGAAUGGCACCCCGCCCUCGAGCACCUGCAGGAGGCCGAGGAGAUCCUCGAGGCAGGCCUGGGCUCCAACCACCCGCUGGUGUUCGUGGACCUGGCGUGGCUGCUGAUCCAGGCGAGCGAGGAAUGCCGCGUCGACAUCCAGCGCUCGCUUAUGUACGGCCGCGCGCAGAGGACGUCCUCCGGCGGCCGCUCCCUCGUCGCCAACCGCGGCCGCAGCUGAGCCGGAGGGCCUUGGCGGCCUCGUCUGGAGGCGACCACCGAUUCUAAUGUGAGCUCCUGCCAGGGAAUGAUACAAGUAGGAUACGGGUUUUCAUUGUGCUGUCACAUCCCCCAGCUUUGAAAUUUGGAGUUCAGAAAAGCCUCGCACCCGAGGCAGGAUAGUUGCACUAGCCGCUAGUUAGCACAGCAAGUAGAGUUCCACGAGGCCGAUCUUUAAUGAAGUCUUUUUUCUCACCUGGAUUUGGACUGUAGAAAGUCUGCGUUUCACACCCGCCGCGUUUGCUUAGGUACAAGACGCCGUUAGUAUUGUGCUAAUAAACUACCAACGUAUCUGCGCACUGAAAGUUUCAAUAAAUAUCAGUUGCCUCCUCUUCGGAUCGGAUCAGGAAGAACAGAAUAUACAUCAGUCAUUCACAAGAAAUUCAAAUUAUCCUAACUUCAGUGAUGUACUUUGAAAAUAAAGCUUAUAUUUUAA